CUUUUUGAAGCUAUCAAGCCUUCGAAGGAUCGCUAUACAAGUGUCGAGUGAGGAAUCAAAGACCCUAAAAUCAUAUUCAACUAUUCUGGAUAAGUACCGAAGUCGUACCGCGAAGCAAUCGGCCGUAGCGUCAGCACGUGUGAUGUCUGAAGCAAUGUACGGUGGACGUGAGGAGGUCUACCGUAACCCUAGCAACGCUCCACUCCGGAAACUAACGGUGGAUUUGAUCAAGACGUACAGAAAGAUUAACGAGGUCUACUACUCUAAGAAGAAGCGUCCUCAUCGCAGCAGCGGAGGAGGGGACAAGGCUAAGAAGGGCAAGAGCGAGGAGUGGGACGAUGAGAGCCAUGACUACAAAGUAAGGCAGGGAGAAUGGUGGAUGGAGCGCUAUGAGAUCGACUCGCUGAUAGGGAAAGGUUCUUUUGGGCAGGUUGUGAAGGCCUAUGAUCUCAAGGAGAAGGAAUGGGUCGCUAUUAAGAUUAUCAAAAACAAGAGGGCAUUUUAUCAGCAGGCUUUGAUUGAGAAGAGGCUGCUUGAACUGCUCAACAGCAAAGACUUGGACAACAAGUACUACAUAGUGCGACUGAAGAGCCACUUCAUGUUCAGGAAUCACCUUUGCCUUGUGUUUGAGCUCCUCUCCUAUAAUCUAUACGAGUUGCUAAGGAACACCAACUUCCGCGGCGUGUCUCUAAACCUGACGCGCAAGUUUGCCCAACAGCUCUGCACGGCUUUGCUGUUUCUGUCCACUCCGGAGAUCAAUAUAAUCCAUUGCGAUCUCAAGCCUGAGAAUAUACUGCUGUGUAACCCCAAGAGGAGUGCCAUCAGGAUCGUGGACUUUGGGAGCUCCUGUCAAGUCGGGCAAAGGAUGUUUCACUAUAUUCAGAGUCGCUUCUAUCGGUCACCAGAGGUGUUGCUGGGCAUACCUUAUGACCUGGCUAUAGACGUGUGGUCCCUCGGCUGUAUACUAGUGGAGAUGCACACUGGGGAGCCACUCUUUAGUGGGAAAGAUGAGUUUGACCAAGUCUGCAAGAUAGUUGAGGUGUUAGGGGUUCCCCCCGCACAUGUACUGGAGAAGGCGUCACGCACAGAGAAGUUCUUCGAGCGAACACCGGGAGGCACCUGGAUACUUCAGAGACACAGGGACGGCCGAAAGGACGUAUAUGGUCGCCCUGGUAGCCGUUCCCUUGACGAUAUCCUCGGUGUUGAGAUUGGAGGGCCUAACAGAACCAGACAGGGAGAGAUGGGACACACCCCCUCAGACUAUCACAAGUUUAAAGAGCUAAUUUUACGAAUGCUCGAUUUUGACGCUGACACAAGAAUCAAACCGUACGAUGCAUUACAACACAGCUUCUUUAGACGCGAGAAUAGUAGCACCUCCGCUGUUGUCAUGCCAACGCCUACGGAUACGCUUGUACAUCGAGGACAACCAGAGGUGGCUGUAGCCGAGUCUCUUAGCAAUGGUCUCCCUGACAACCAUUCAUUUCGUCGCCACCCUAUAGUUGGCCACACUGACUCCAUUGCUUGUGAGAUACCGCCCCCGAUACAUGUGCCUACCUCACAGGAGCUAUUCCACGGGCCACACCCACUUCAUCAGAAAUCAUAUCCGCUGGUCCAGCCGCUAAUAACUGAUCCACUCAUGGGACGCACUAACAUACCGAUGCCACUCCCACCUGGAUCCAUGACUCAUCCGUACCCGACACUAGACGGUUCGUCAGUCACACUCACUCCACUUUCCCCACCCUCACACACCGCCGAUGCUCUCCACCCUCCACUGGAGGUUCCCUACGCCCACCACAGCUCCUCGUAUGGUCGCUCCUACCCUCACAACUUAGCGAUGGGACUUCCCCCUCCCGUCGCACUACCCCCCACGAAGAACUACUAUCCGUACACCACACAAAAUGGCGGAGCUCCUCCACAAACUUUUUUUGGCACUAAUCAUUUGUUUUCUGACACGUCAAGUGAACCAUUUCAUUUCAAAUUUGCCGGCAGUUCUAGCGGGGGACAUUUGAGCAACCCCUUUAAUUAUCACUCGUCAUCACAGCCAGCAACGAAUGGAGUGGUCGAUCGAUCGCCAGGGUUACGGAUAAAGUCCGAGAGGAAGCGACACACUCAUCCGACCAAUCAGAACAGUGGUGGAGAAUCACAUGACUCACCGAUGGUGGGCGUGAUUGUACAACAGUAGUGUUGCGUGUUACAUCAUUCAUUAUUUCAGCACAUGUUUGUAUUAAACAUUCAAUUACAUCAUUGCAACCAAAAAAAGUUUAUUCUAAAGCUAAUAA